AUGAGUUCAUCUUAUUUAAGUAUAGGUGCAUUAAGUGCAACCGUUGGCUUAUCUAUCUAUGUUGGUUUAACUUAUAUGUUAACUAACUAUGGUUUUCGCUUUGAUAUUGGUUGGUUUCUUUUAUCAAUUUCACCUUAUCAAUGGGCAUUAGUUGGUAUUGCAUUAGCCGUAUCACUAUCUGUUCUCGGCGCUGCUUUAGGUAUUUUUGCAACUGGUGUCAGUAUAUUAGGUGGUGGUGUUAAAGCACCACGUAUUCGAACAAAAAAUCUUAUUUCAAUUAUAAUGUGUGAAGCUGUUGCUAUUUAUGGACUUAUUAUGGGUAUUGUUAUAUCCGGUUCAAUUUCUAGUUUUUCAACAACUCAAUUGGAUGAUUUAGCACUUAAAUAUCGUGCUGGUUAUAAAUUAUUUGGCGCUGGUUUAAGUGUUGGUUUCUGCAAUUUAUUUUGUGGUGUAUGUGUUGGUCUUGUUGGAUCAGGUGCAGCAUUAGCUGAUGCACAGAAUUCAUCAUUAUUUGUUCGAAUUCUUAUUAUUGAAAUAUUUGCUAGUGCAAUAGGUUUAUUCGGUCUUAUUGUUUCAAUACUUCAGUCAAAUGGAUCGAAUAUGUCUGAUUGA